GUCGCGGCGCUGCCGCCGCUCGAGCUGCAGAGCCUGGCUGGCGACAGCGAGCGGCUGCACGAGCGCUUCGUGCGGCUGCAGGGAAGGCUGCAGGCGGCGGGGCCGCAGGGCCCCUCCGCCGCGGAGGCGGGCGAGCUGGUGGCAUACCACAGGGACCUGGCGCUGUUCGUGCAGGGGGUGGAGGACUCCCUCCGACAGGCUGGGCGUCACCGGGCCGCCCCCAGCGCCUCCGCCGGCAAUGUCCGCGAGGCUGGGCGGCGGCCUCGGAGGAG